AUGCAGAAGGAGGUGGUGAAAGACAGACAGAAGAACCUGGCUGCAAAACAGUCUGAAAUCAGUGUAAUGCUUGUACCUCAGAGAAAGUCUUCUGUGAUAAAGGAGAGCAUAAUAAGAAAGCAUCUGGAGAUACAAGACCUCCUUGACCGGAACCUGAGGACCACGCUGUCGCACCUGGAGGUUGAGGAACAAGCUGCUGUCUCAGCUCUAGAUUGGCUAAUGGAGAAGGACUUACCUCUGAUACAGGAGAUUGAACAACAACUGGCUGCAAUCACAGUGACACUGGACCACAUGGACACUGAACCAGACACUCUAGGUCUGUUUCGUUUUAACAUGUUCUCUUUUUGUUCGACCUCCACUAGAGUUUCAAGUUUGCUCGAUCGCUCAGAGAGUUGCAACGUAAGCUUGGACGACGCCAAAACUAAGCAGAUUCUAAGCCACACUGACAACAUGCUUCUGCUCGUCUCCUCCCUCACUCCUACGAUGAAGAAUCUUGUGAAAAGUUAUUCCAGUGACGUGUGCUUGGAUCCUGACACAGCCCAUCCUAAUCUUCUCAUCUCUCCUAAAGGCAACAGUGUCACCUACACAGACACAUGGAAGGAGCUUCCUGACAGCCCUUCACGCUUUGACGCCACUCUGAAUGUCAUCAGCUUGCAAAGCUUCAGCUUCGGCCGUCAUUACUGGGAGAUGGACGUCACUGGCAAGACAUACUGGGAGCUCGGUGUCACUUAUCCCAGUAUUCAAAGGAAGGGGGUCGCUGAGAACUGCUGGCUGGGUCGAGGAGAUGAGUCGUGGUGUGUGGAGUUUUUUAACGGGGAGUACACAGCAUGGCACCGAGGGGUGCCGCGUCAGCUGCUUGUCACAAAACAGUUUUGUCGGAUUGGAAUAUUUUGUAAUUUCCUAGCUGGGACGGUGAUGUUUCUGGGCGCGGAUGAUAUGUCACCGCUAUUCUGCUUCUGUGCAGGGAGCUUCUCUGACAGCCUCCACCUGGCCUUGUGUCCAGGCCACUCCCACAAUGGAACAAAUGCAAAACCUAUUGUAAUCUGCAGUGCAACAUCUCCAUCUCCGCUUGUUUAAAUUUGUGCAAAUCCCACAGAUGGUGCUGGACAGUUAAACCUCCUUUCUAUCUAUUUUCUGCUGCCUGUUGUUGGUAAGCUGGAGCCAGAAUUUGAUCCAGAAACAUUGUUUGUG